AUGGAGCAGUACAGUAUUCUCGGUCGUAUUGGUGAAGGUGCUCAUGGAGUUGUUUUAAAGGCUAGGCAUAUUGAGAGUGGAGAACUUGUUGCUCUGAAAAAGGUUCCUUUGAGAAAACUUGCUGAUGGAAUUCCUAAUACAGCACUUCGAGAAAUAAAGGCUCUUCAGUUUAUUGAGUCCAGCCCGUACGUUGUCCAUCUACGAGAAGUUUUUCCUCAUGGUACUGGUUUUGUUCUUGUCUUUGAGUACAUGGUUACGGAUCUUAGUGAAGUUAUUCGGAAUUCGGAACCUCCUCUUACUGAAGAACAGUCUAAAUGUUAUAUGCUUAUGAUCCUAAGAGGAGUUGAAGUCAUGCAUGCUAAUGGAAUUAUGCACAGGGACCUCAAGCCUGCCAAUUUAUUGAUCAGUUCUGAAGGAGUCCUGAAAAUAGCUGACUUUGGUCUUGCAAGAGUUUUUGAGAAUAACAAUGAGCGAUUAUAUAGUCAUCAAGUGGCUACAAGGUGGUAUCGAGCACCUGAAUUGUUAUACGGAGCUAAAAAAUACACAAAUAGUGUUGAUUUGUGGUAUGUCAAUUAUAAUUUAUUUGGUUUUAGGGCUAUCGGUUGUAUAUUUGGAGAAUUACUCAACAGUUCUCCAUUGUUCCCGGGAGAAAAUGAUAUUGAACAACUUUGGUUUGUUGUACGUGUUCUUGGGACUCCGAACGAAGAUAUAUGGCCCGAGGUUAAAGAACUACCUGAUUAUAACAAGAUAAGUUUUAACCUGUGCGAAACUAUCCCGUUUGAGGAAGUCCUUCCAGACGCAUCAGUUGAAGCCGUUGCUCUUGUUAGUAAAUUUUUGGUGUACCCACCCCAUCAAAGAAUUACGGUAUCCGAAGCAUUGAAAGAUCCAUAUUUUACUACGGACCCACUGCCAGCUCAGCUUUCAGAACUCCCUGUGGUAACUCCGCAUCGGAAUACCCUGCCACAUCCUCAAGAAACUUAUGAAGUUUGUCUUACAACUCCUUUGGAGUCGAUUCUUUGUAAUCAUGAAUUACUGAAGGAAGGUGUGAAGUUACUGGAUGAUGAAUUAACGAAUUCCUUGGACAGUCCAACAGGUGUUACUCGCAUGUGA